AUGCAUUCAUGUGAUCUUCAGAUACAACGUUCCAUUAUUUCGUUGGGCGUGAUGGCUCGAAUCCCUUCUGGACAAGACCUCUUGGAAGUGGCUGGCAAGUGGAGAAUCCUGCAUUCAAGUAAUGGAAAUAAAGGUAUCAAAACGAGGAGUUUGAAGGGAUAUUUCCGAGUUUGGUAUGAUGACGAUACGUGGAAACCAAUUCUGGCUCAACUAAAGAGUAAUCCACUUGUGUUCGAUGAAUUGACAAGAGCACAGUUCAUUGCCGAUGCAAUCGCUUUACAACAGUGA